AGACAAAGUAGAGGACGGGUUAACAUUGACUCCUCUAUAUAACCCUGGUUGUAACUUGUAAAACUCUUUCAGCUUCCCCUCUGGAUCCCUCCCUCCCUCUCUCUAAAACUUGAAGCUAUCACAGCCAUGGAGAGCAAUUAUCCCAUGCUAUUCUCAACACAGCCCUCUUCUUCUGCCUCCAACUCCUACCACUUCAUGGCUACCGCUUCUGGCACAAGCGGCCAUGAUCAUCACCACGUACAACCACAAGCAGGCAACAGAAGCUCGAGCCACGGAUUGUUGCUGGGGUCCAAGCAUCAGGAUGAGCUCUCCAACUCCUUAGAUGGUGCAAGCCCGCCAGAUGGCCGUGGGGACUCGACGGCGGGGCCUGCCGGAGCAGCGGGCGAGGCGGACCGUUCGGCUGUCGUCGGGAAGAAGAAAGGCGAGAAGAAGGAGCGGCGGCCCCGGUACGCGUUCCAGACGCGCAGCCAGGUGGACAUCCUUGACGACGGCUACCGGUGGAGGAAAUACGGGCAGAAGGCCGUCAAGAACAACAAUUUCCCAAGAAGCUACUACAGAUGCACACACCAAGGUUGCAACGUGAAGAAGCAGGUGCAGCGGCUGUCGAGGGACGAGGGCGUGGUGGUGACGACGUAUGAGGGUACCCACACACACCCUAUCGAGAAGUCCAACGACAAUUUCGAGCAUAUACUCACCCAGAUGCAGAUCUACUCCGGUCUCGGCUCAACCUUCAGCAGUAGCCACAACAUGUUUCAGUGAACUAUCCUAAAUCGCUUCAUGCAUGCAUGCGCAAUGCAAAAUAUGCAUGGAACGGAGCCGUCGAUUUUAUUAAUCUGUACAUUACAUCUUAGAGGUGUCUGAGGGAAAUAAGCGUGAUUUGGUAGCUAGAUGCAGGUAGUUCUCGCGCAAGGGUGCUUUUAUCUUCUUCUCUUUUUUUCUAAUUUUAGAUCAGGGUUAGAGACUGAUAUACACCAUCAGAAAUUAAAAAGAUGUUGCCCAUUACAGUUAUAUAAAGAAUAUCCUCUUAUUGGAAGAAUUA